AUGGGCCUCCAGCGCGCCAAUGUAACAAUCAUCCACCCGGACCUGGGCAUCGGCGGCGCAGAGCGGCUAAUCAUCGACGUCGCGCUAGCCCUCCAGAACCGAGGCCACCGAGUAACGAUCUACACCUCCCACCGCGAUAAAGCACACUGCUUCGACGAGGCACGCGAUGGAACGCUGGACGUCCGCGUGCGCGGAAAUACCCUCUUUCCAGCCCAUGUCUGCGGUCGACUUCACAUCCUCAUGGCUGCGCUGCGCCAGCUGCAUCUUACCGUGUCGUUGUUGGGCGAGCUUGGAGUGAAGGGUGAUUCGAAAGAUGCGGAGGACGACCGUGAUGAUAUCUUCAUUGUGGAUCAAUUACCUGCCUGUGUACCCUUUUUGAAGUCAUUCAGCCGUCCGCGAGGAUCGAAACGCCAACGUAUCCUGUUCUACUGCCACUUCCCCGAUCAAUUGCUCGCGCGGCGAGACGAGGGCGGUUCGCUUCUUCGACUAGCCAAAGUACUCUACCGAUUUCCCUUCGAUUGGUUUGAGGGUUGGGCUAUGAGCGCGUCUGAUCGGAUCGUUGCCAACUCCAAGUUCUCUCGUGGGGUAGUGCGGGAUGUCUUUGGGUCGGAGCGCCUUGGUGAUGUGGAGGUGGUUUACCCAUGUGUUGACAUGGAUAUGGGGCAUGAAUUACCGGAGAAGACAAAGGAAGAUCCCCUGUGGAAUGGGAAGAAGAUUUUGCUCAGUAUCAAUCGCUUUGAGCGGAAGAAGGACAUGGCAUUAGCGAUUCGCGCUUACAAUGGACUCGGAGCAGAGAAGAGGAAGGGAACACGGUUGGUGAUUGCUGGCGGUUACGACAAUCGUGUCAAUGAGAAUGUUCAAUAUCACCAGGAGCUGGAGAAGCUCGCAACGAGUCUUGGGUUGAAGACGGCCACAUCCAAGACAGCCGUAUCAGCCCUUUCUAUUCCUGAUGACAUCGAUGUCCUGUUUCUGCUUUCUGUUCCUGGCGCGUUCAAAGAUACCCUGCUGGAGCAAUCCAAGCUACUUCUAUACACUCCGAUCAACGAGCACUUUGGCAUUGUGCCUGUCGAAGCAAUGAAGGUUGGUCUCCCAGUGCUGGCAUCUAACACUGGUGGACCACUGGAGACGAUUGUCGAGGGCGAAACGGGCUGGCUCCGGGAUGCUCAUGCAGAUGAUGAAUGGACUGCCGUGAUGGACAAGGCUCUUUAUGGCUUGAGCCCCAAAGAUGUUGAGCGCAUGGCUGCCGCAGGCAAAAUUAGGGCUGAGCAGGAAUUCUCUCUUGCUGCCAUGGGUGAUAGAUUAGAGGAGGAGAUUUCCACGAUGCUUACCCGGGACAGGCGGCCCUUUAAUGGGUGGCAGCAGGUGUUUGCUAUCCUGGCUCUAGUCGUGGCUAUUCUUGCAGUAAUUGCCGCAAUUCUGUUUCGAGCGAUGUAA